AUGGUGAGACUAACUACCGAGUACAUCGAAAAAAAAUGUUCUCAAGCUCAAUUAAGCAAAUCCCUCAGCAAAAAAAUCAAAAAAGAAGAAUUGUACGGGCUGACUCACUUACGUAUGAGUAAUAUGUUUAUUAGCAGUAUUGGUAAUUUUGGUCUUUAUAAAAACCUUAAAGUGAUAUACUUACAAAAUAACAAUAUAUCGGCGAUAGAAAAUUUACACUUUGCAUCAAAUUUGACUCACCUCUAUCUACAACAUAAUAUAAUAAGCAAAAUAGAGAACUUAGAUUCCCUUAAAAAGCUUCAAACGCUGUACUUGGGAUACAAUAAUAUAGUCGUAGUUGAGGGGCUCGAAUGUUUAAAAAAUUUAACUACUUUAGACAUUAAAAAUCAAAGGCUUAAUCUUGGGGAAUUGCUAUGUUUCGAUCCACGAAGCGUAUAUACUUUAUCCACUUGUUUAAAAGUGCUCAAUAUCUCUGGUAAUAAAAUGAGAUCCUUAAAGGAUAUCAAGGACUUGAGUAAAUUAGAAGUUUUAGAUGUUAGAAACAACUUGAUCGACGAUAUCGAUGAUCUGACUGAAACUAUAAGUGCCUUGAUUUCUCUAAGAGAUUUGUAUUUGCAGGACAAUCCUGUAACUCGGCAUUACAGAUACAAAGAAAAUCUUAUCGCCAAUAAUGAUACAAUAAGAAAUUUAAAUGGAAAAACGGUGACGGAUAUAUGUCGAUGCUUUAUGAAAAGAUUUAAGAUGGAGAAACAUCUUCACCGAACGAAAAAGUCCUCUAGAACCACGUUAGACGAAGAUAUUACAAAUUCACUGAAUUUACCACCGGCGUUUAAAAAGUCAAUGUCUAGAGCAAUGUUUCAACAUCCUGGUCCAAAGUUAUCUAUUACAAUUUCAUCAGCUAUCGACGAAAUGCAACCACAAAUAUUCCCGCCUUGGAAAACAGCGCCAGGUACAAAAACUAUAAGACACGGUCAUAUCACACCAAGACCGUUUUGGAGUAACGUAAUUAAAACCAAGCAGCCUCGUGUUGUGCGAUCAUUGAUAAAGAACAAAGCUAUUAAAUUACCAGAAAUUUAAAUUAUCUAGCAACAUAUUAUAAUAGAACAAUUUCUUGUAUAACAUUUAAUACAUUUGCCAUUAUUCGCUUUUACAACGUUACAACAACAAAUUCGAAAAAUAACAAACUACACAU